GGCGGAGCUGGCACGUUGGGUGACGCACGCGGAAGUGAUGUGCGCAGCUGGCGCUGCCACGGAGCUCGGCGGGCGGGCGGCUGCCGCUUAGCUUGGGAGAGACCCGCUGCCGGAGUGGAGGCGGCGUGGCGCGCAUGCGCAGCAUGGAUAUGGAUCUGUGAGUUUUGGGGGUAGCGGGACUUGCGCUGAGGGGUGGGGGGUGCGCGGUAGUUGCGCAGGCCGCGGAAGGAACUCUGGCUGACCUGAGCCUAUUCCUCUGGCCGGACCACACGGGUUGCUGAGCGAGUGUUGCCCCGCCCCACCCGGCGUAAUAAGCCGGAGCGUGUAGUGCUUUAGGCACAGAUUUGGAGGAGGAAAACGCUCCUCUUUCCCUGCCUUGUGGGGCUGGCGAGAAUUGGGGGGGGGGGGGGCUUAGGCUGUACGAGGAACUCUGUCUAACCCAGCGACCUGCUAAUGACAGUGUCCCAGAAGCUCGCAAGCGGAGCAGAAUGGGAACAGCUCCCUCGCUACCUCCCUAUUUUAGCUAAAUCGGAGCAAGCUGGGAAGGCAGCAGUUCCCCUGAACAUACACAGACUGCUUGCUUAUUGUGGAAUAGUCGCUGCCACCCCCUUUGCCUUUAUAAUUAGUGUCAGAGCCUUCGGUCAGCAAGUGACAGGUGUCAUUUGAAUAUGACACAGACUUUCGGCCGCAGCACCGUUCAUUUUAGAAACAAAUCAUUUGAGGAAUGGAUCCUUCUUUCCUCUAGCUCCUUUAUUGCUUAGUGAUUGUGAGAGGCAGGGAGAGAUGUCUGAGCAUGUGUGUCAUAUUUGUACCACUCAUUAAGGCCUUUUGUGCAUUUGGUGAGCUGGGUAGUGUUAACUUAUUUUUGACAGAAAUGCUCAGUGGAAGAGUGUUGCCUCACAUUGUCCCCAAAGCCAUGCCAACGUAAAGGUUGGAGUCUGGACAGUUGUUGGCUCGAGUUACAUUGACAUACAAAAGCUAGCUCAAAUGUUACAAUGAAGCAGGAUAAGACAUUUUCAGGUACCACAUGUCUUAACAUAGGUACCACACAUGGAGUCCUGUGUUCAACUCAGGGUGCCACAAUUUACGAAGGACAUUGACAAGCUGGAAUGUGUGCAAAGGAGGGUGACCAAGAUGCUAAAGGGUCUGGAAACCAAGCUUUAUGAGGAACAGUUGAUAGAAUUGGGUUUGUUUACCCUGGAAAAGAGGGGACUGAGAUAAGACACACAUCUUCAGAUAUGUAAAGGGCUGUCACAUGGAGGAUGGAGCAAGCUUGUUUUCUCCUGCUCCAGAGGGCAGUACCUGAACCAGUGGCUUCAAGUUACAAGAAAGGAGAGUCAGUCUAAACACGGGAAGAACAGUAUUCUGGAACAAACUCCUACAAGAGGUGGUGGACUCUACUUCAUGGAAGAUUUUUAAGGAGAGGUUGGAUGGCCAUCUGUCAUGUAUAAUCUAGUUGAGAUUCCUGCAUUGCAGGAGGUUGGACUAGAUGACCCUUACGAGUCCCUUCCAACUCUGUACUUCUAUGAUUCUAUAACUUCUGCUAUUGCAUUUAAAGCGGACUUUUAUCAGUGAUGAGAUCCAGGAGUUUAAAAAGUAGCUGAGACCCUCUAGAUCUUCCUGUAGAUGAAAGCUUCACUCAAGCUCCAAUUCACACAUGUUAAAGGGAAGUGCUGUUCUUUUGCACUCCUUGUUUCUUUAAAUGUAUGAACUGUCUAUGAGAUAGUUUGAAACUAGCUCUUAGUAGGACUGCUGUGGUAUUUACAAUGUUUGCAAAUGUCUUAGGAAAGAUCUGUUUAAUAAGCCGAGUUCAGGGUGCUUCUGAUUUUUGCUUCUCCUCAUACUUCAUACAAGUUUAAUAAAUAAUACCUAUUUUCUGCUUGUGACCUUUAGAGAGAACGGAAUGAUUUCUCUGCCUAAUUAUCAGAAGCAACUUUAUAAAAUGUGUGGACAAAAGUUCACAAAACUGGUUUUGGCUCUAAAGUUCUUAAAACAAACACACACAAGCUAGAUCACACACAAGGCCACUAGAUCAUUUCCUUGCUCUCCUUUCAAGGAAACUGACUCUCCUUUUUGUGUUUCCUGCUGAGGACCUGAAGGCUGAUUCCUCUGUAGAAAAGUCAACUUAAAUGUUGGGUUGCUUCUCUAUUGCAUACUGAAUCUCUGCCAUAGCAAGCAAGUUAACCAGUGUCUCAAAAUGACCAUGGCUGUAAGAGGUGGUAUUACCUUCUGUCCCCAGCAGAUUUUCACAAUGGCUGCUUGAAAACCGGUGCCAUGAAUAAAGUAGAUAACUUCUAGACAACACGCUGGACUGAAAACUCAUGGUACCUGACAUGUUCUUCAGGAAUUGAGUAAUAUUUUAGCAUUUAUAUAGUGUUUUAAUGUGUUGAAAGAGCUUUACUUAAAAUAUUGCAUAGUGGGUAGUAGAGUCUGAGCUACAAACCAGGAAAUUCCAGGUUCAUAGCUCACCUUGGUCAUAAGCCACUCUCUCUUAGCCUCCGGCCGCUGCCUGCAAUAUGGGAGAAAAUAAUACUGAAUUACCCUGCAGGGUUGUUAUAAGGAUUUUAACUAGAUAAAGCAUGUGAAGUGCUUUGAACACUUGAAAGCACUAUACAAAUUUCUUUAAUUUUUGGUAUUAAUAGUAAUAGUUCUUGUAGCAACCAGAGGUAAGAUUAGAUCCACACUUUCUGGUACACAGCUCAACCUCUUAGUCACUACGUUUCAGGGUAUAUGCACUUGAUUUGUUUCACUUGUGAUAUGCUCGUUUUAGUUACAUCUCCACCUCUGCACAUCUUCAAGUAUGUGGCAAAAGAUUCAGAUAUCCAAUAAUCAGCAUGACCAACAGGAAAAUCUCUCUGUGUUUCUUUGUUUUACUUUUGGAGAAAGCUUGGUGGUACUGCAGGAAAAAAGCACAGUAAAACAAAUAAUGUGAAUUGCCUUGAGUCACAUUAAGGUGUCAUUCUGCACACUUUUCAUGCAACGUGCAUCCUGACCAUAAUAAUAUGACUCAGAAGAAAACCUCAUUGCACUUACGCGGCGGGGUGAGCUCCUGUCUUUCGGUCCCAGCUCCUGCCCACCUAGCAGUUCGAAAGCACCCUUAAGUGCAAGUAGAUAAAUAGGUACCGCUUUAUAGCGGGAAGGUAAAUGGCGUUUCCAUGUGCUGCGCUGGUGCUGGCUCGCCAGAGCAGCUUCGUCACGCUGGCCACGUGACCCGGAAGUGUCUCUGGACAGCGCUGGCCCCCGGCCUCAAGUGAGAUGGGCGCACAACCCUAGAAUUGGACAUGACUGGCCCGUACGGGCAGGGGUACCUUUACCUUAAGAAUUAAUUAUGGGAGGUGUGGCAAAGUGAGGGGGGUGGACUCUAGCUGAAUACUUGUUUGCCAGUGGGGAAACUGACUGCUAGGUCCAGUGAUGUGGGGCGGACUUUUUUUUAAAGGGCACAUUUUUCCAGUUCUUUUUUUUCUAUGAAAAAAGGUUCCAUUUGAUAAUUUCAGAAGUAGCAAUGAAUGGAUGCCAACUACAAAUGCAAUAUUAGGCAACCUUGAUGCUUUCAAAUGUUUAGCUUUGUUUGCUAAAUACAGGUAAAAUAAACAUUCUAAAUUGGAUUAGUCUCUAGGGCAGUGAAGGCCAAACUUGGCCCUCUAGCUGUUUUGAGACUGCAAUUCCCAUCAUCCGUGACCACUGUUAGCGAGGGAUGAUGGGAGUUGUAGUCCAAAAACAGCUGGAGGGCCAAGUUUGGCCAUCACUGCUCUAGGGCAUCAAAAGGUGUUCAGAUGCAGAUUACCUUGAUUUGAAAUUACCCGCCCCCCAUCCCACAUCACUGGCUAAGACACGGUCUUAGAACUUCCAGCUACAAUUUUAAGUCACUAAUAUUCCUGAUUCUUUAUUGCCCAUACUAAAUUGAUCCUGGGACAGGUACGGGUGUACUGUGCGACUCCUGGUUACAUGUGCUCCAAGUGAAUACUAGAUCUUUUCCCUUCUUUAAAUCUUCUGUUUUCUCUCUCUCCUGCUUCUCUGAUGCUGCUGAGUGAUGGGGUUAAGACGCCUCUCUCUUUAGGACUGUUGCAUCAGAGGUAAAUCAAGGACGGUUAAACCUGUGGAUAUGUUGUGUUCAGUCUAACAUCCUUAGGAAUGAUUUUUUUCCCUUUUGGAUCAGAUGGGAUCGUGGCCUUUUGAGGGUGUUGGUUUUCCCCUCUGUCUUUCACUGCAGCUUGGCUGGCCUGCAUGGCUGAUCUGGAGCAGCAGUUCUGUAAGCCCUUCUUGCAGUGUAUCUCUGCUCCUCUGCUUUUGUACAUUGCAGCCUGCAUUGCAUGGGAGGAAGCAAACCAAAGGCUGCUUGUGGGCUGAGUGGCGUUUUGCGCUCUCUAAACCCCGGCUUUGUCGGUAUAAACCAUUUUGUGCCUGCAAGGUAUGAAAAAAGAGGCAAGCCGCAGACUUGUGCACACUUUGCGUUCCCUUCCCUUGCUCUUGUCCUGCUGUCCUUAAGUGAAAAAAAAAUAUGGACAGCUAGGGCAAAAUCAGGCUGGAUCUUGUUUACGUUACUUAUGAGGUGGAAUAAAGUUAAUCCGUCGUAAGCAGGGUGUAUGGGGAUAACUUGCAGGGGAAAGGGUUGUGUAUAUACCUACUUCACUUGCUGGUUUCUUUCUGUGAUCACCCCAAUCAUUUCCCCCCCCCCCCAUUUCUAGGAACCCAACUGGAAGAAAAACAGUUGGGUGGGUGUCCAAAGGAAAAGAGCUUCUGUGAGGGACAGUCACGCUCUCACUACAUGCUUUGCAGUUUGGUUCCUUUGCCUCAUUUUUGCCACUGCUGAGUUUGAAGAUAAUUUCCUAGAUUAUGGUUUUUUUUCCUUUUUGUGAAUUGCUAUUUAUUACCAAAAAAAUCUCCUAAUUUCUUAACUAUGUAUUUUGACAUGCUUUUCAAUUUCCUUGAAUACCUGUAAUGCAGAAGUGGAAGCAUUCAUUCAACAAGGAAAGUGUUUCAAAAUAACAUGUUAGUCCUGUUUUGAGUUCCCAAUAGGCUGAAUGCUAAAAGUGUCCAACCUGUUUUUCGCCCUGUAAUAGAUGGGUUAAUUUAUAGAUGGCUAACUGUUUAUAGUUUGAAAGUCUGCUCCAUAAUGUAUCUUGGCGUUGCCUUCCUAUUGAUUCAAGCACAAUCUUAAUGUCAGUUCAUGACUGUGCAUGUGGAAAAUGUUGAUUCAUCCCUCUUGUUACCAAGCUGUAUUAAGCAGCUGAUAUCACGACUACUGCAUAUCUGUAGCAUAUAAGUUAGAAAAAAGGUUGCACAUACAUUUCAGAAUUUUGACGACUUUGAGAAGAUAUAACCAAUAUUCCACAGAUAAAAAUGUGCCUGCUUGUACCACCUGCUUAGCUAUAUGUAAGGUUCUGUUAUGGGGCACACCAAUGUGUGGGGUAUGUGGUCAGAAUGAACCUGCUGCCAAUCAAAGCAGUGCUUUACUGCCAGUCCUGGUCCCUGUUGGUUCAGCUUAAUGAUACUUGCUCCCAGGUAACUGUGUAUAGGGCUACAGCCUUCGAAAAAGCCUUCCACUUUCUGAUGGCACAUUUUAUCAAACAAAACAUAGAGUGUUUUUAACUGGAUACUUGGUGUGGGAAACUUGCUAACUUGUUCUUUCUCUCCUUGUUUGCAGGUUGGCCCCGAUGCGAUUGUAUACGCUGUCCAAACGCCACUUUGUCUUGGUCUUCGUUGUAUUCUUCAUUUGUUUUGGUUUAACCGUUUUAAUAGGUAUUGCAGGUAAGAUUUUGUCUUUUCGGUUAAUGAUUGUUUUCUCUAUUUACUUGCCUCCUAUUCUUUCCCAUUGUUUUGCUAUCAAGACAUACAGCUUGAAUUUGUGCCCCUUCCUUAGGUUUUUAAUGAGUAGUUGGUGGUGGGGAUUGAAAUUUAUCAAGUGUUUAAAAGAAGCUGGCACCACCCAAAACUGACAAGGAGCAGAGAUCCUACCCACUAGCCCCAGCCAUGGAGCCAUUUUUGCCUUUUAUGUUGUCUUAUCCCUGACCACUGCAAGGUUACAAAUUAGCCUGUGUCUCCAUUCUCACCAUACAUGGUCCAGAAUCUGCGUCCUGAAAUUAUAUUGGACUUAGAUUUUAGUAAAACAUAACUACAAACAGUGUAGUCAAGUCCAGCUUGCUGCUCCUUGAAGCAAUUUUAUCCAGCCGUUGAUAGUCCUUCUCAAAUGUACUAUGUACUGUGAGAAGUGGCUAGUGCAUGCUUGAACAUUCUUUCUUUUGGAGAGACAUGCCUCUCAAUUGUGAUGUCUUGAUUUCUUAUGGAGAGGUUGAGUAAUCAUUAGUAAAAGUGUAAUCACUAGUAAAAGUGAUUCUUUUGAUGGAUUUUUUUUCUUAAGGUGAUAUUUUGGUAUUUCAUCCAAUUUCUUGGUGAUUUCAAAUUGAGCUUUUGAACUGCUUAAAAACAUUUGAUGUGAUAGACCCUUUUUAUUUGGCUUGAUACUUUUGUGGGAAGCAGCCAGGGUCAAGCUGCAGGUCUUGAGACAUUUCAAAAUGUAAUGCUAAAACUUACAAGUACAUUGCUGUACUUGUAUCUUAGGGAUGGCACUGAAAUUGAAAGCAAAAACCCAUGCAGACCACACACUUGGGGAAGUGAGGGACUGUGUUUUACAUAUUAUAAAUAAAUUUUAGUGAGGAAAUUGCACAGCAGAUUGUACCCAAAUGUGUGUGCUUGCUUAGUUUGGGUAAAGCACAUAUGGCUGCUUAAAAAAAAAGGUAAAAGGUAAAGGACCCUUGGACAGUUAAGUCCAGUCAAAGUUGACUAUGGGGACACCAGGCUAACUCCCAUAAUAAAAAAUGUGUGCAUGAUAUAUUAUAAAAAUCUUGUACAUUUCAAAGAAAUGCCUUUACAUUCAAAACAUGUAUGUAUAUAGUUAGUCACAUUGCCAAGCAGGAUAAUUCCUGCAAGCUCUCUCUCCACCUCCCUCCCUAUUCAUAAGAGGGUGGCUGUCUUGAUGCUAAUCAGUGGCUGCAUUUGAACAUCACUGUAACCUAUGGUUUAUACCAGGGGGAGGGACAAACUGGCAGCUGUUCCUGUAAGCUUUUGUGGCCCGCCCCCCCGGGAAGACUCUCCAAAACGUGUCACCUAAUUUUUCAUUUUUAAAUACAAAACUGUUUAAAACUUUUAAUAUUUAUCCCCCCCCAAAAAAACUCUUGUUUUUCUACUGCUCCCGUAAUGCAAAAGGCUUAUUUGCCCCUUAGUCUUCCCCAGCUUCAUCCGUUUUUAAAAGUUAUUCCCUCCCCCGACUGUUCACAGAGGACCCCUUUUAUGAUUCUGUGAUAUGAAAAGAUUUUUGUCACACCCACACACCCAAUUUCCCCAAAACGUGGCUAUAAAAAACCUAUAUUUUUAACUGAAUUUAAUAAUGAAUGAUAAAAAAUCGUCCGAAGGCAAGCUUGAGAACUGCAGUUCUCAUCACAGCCACUUUUACACUUUGGCCAUGAAACUUAGGCAUGUUCCCUUAGGCCAUCAGAGUGCGGCCAUCAGCCCCCUAAAGGUGAGCCAUUCCUGGCACGUCAUGAUGCGACUGAGCCACAGUGAGCCUCAGGCUCCCUUGCUCCCCUGUCUCCAUUCAGCACAGACAUAGAGGAAAGAAGUUAAGAACCUUUCACUUCCAGUUCUAAUUUCUCAUUAUUAUUGAAUAGAUAUUAUCCUGCCCUCCAAAUAAGAGUCACUAGGGAGUGCGAUCUGGUCCACAGUAGGUUGACCACUGCUGAUUAUUCUCUAUCGGCUGGGUUAUUCAAAUGUUAUUUACAUAUUUAGUACAGAGACUAGUCUACACUGAAAACACUUGUUGAAAAGAAUACAAACUCUGAACUGAAUACAGUUAUCCGAAGACAGUAACCCAUAAGCUUCUUGCGUGCGAUUCUAAACACGCAUACUUAGAAGUGUCUUAUAAUGGAAUUUCCUUGGUACACUUGGGAUUGGAGUGCUGCUUUCAGUAAAUUUCUAUUCUCUGCUGAAACUGUGUAGUCAAUAGUUUUGCUACAUAAUAAUCUGAGCUACAUUCCAUCAUGCAGAAUUGCUCUCAAGCACCAUAAGGUACUUUGUACCAUGCUGGAAUGGUGGACCUGACCUUUGAUAUUGUGGUGAAACUGUUGAUGCUGUAGCUUCUUUAUCCAUACUCUGUUAUGUUGGCAGACUGGUUUAUUUGAGCCCAAUUUACUGAUAAACAUAGUUUACUUUUAAAGAGUUCAGUAGCAAUAAAGGAUGCUCCAGCUGUUUUUUUAAAAAAAGAAAAAUACUUUUUUGAGACUUCUGUUUCUUAAAACAAGAUGAGAAUCCAGACUGUAGCAGAAUGAGAGCUCAAAGGCAUAGCUGUGGGUGCGGUAUAGAAGAGCAGGAUUUUCUGCAAGGCAAAGACGAGUCCACAUAUUGUGGCUGACACAUCCCAGCCUGCCCUUCAGACGUAGGGGGCAAGGUCUCAUCUGAGAUCAUGCCAUGUUCAAGAUCCAAAGUCACUGUGUGGUGGUGGGAUUUCCUGUGGUCCCCUGCCCUCUGAGCUAGAAAGUGAGCUGAGGGGCUUUCCCUCUUGCACUGAGUCACAGUGACACCAGGAAAGCACUGAGAAAUCUCUCUGCAUUGGGGAGGGCUCCUGCAUAUUUUCCAGACCAUCCUCUGGCCAGUGGCAAACUGGCAUUUGUAGACCCUUGGGUGGUGAUGAGCAUGAAGGAAGGGUGGGCCUUGAGAGAUGCCACCUGCUCCCACUCUUCAAAUAUUAUUUCAGUCCAGUUGUUUCUGAGGCUAUGCUAGAUACUGCAGUGGGCGAUCCCUCUUCCAGCUGCUGGACUGUGAUAUCAUAGAAACCUUCUCAAGGCUGCUCUCUUCCAUUGUGCUGCAGUGGUUUACAAAAAGAAAAUCUGGUUGCAAACCUGUUGCAGGCAAAUCAAAUCUCCUGUCUCUUGUGCCUGGCAUCUGGAAUUCUGCAUGUGACCUGAAUUCACAGCAGGGCUGGGGAAUCUGUGGCUGUCCAAAUGUUGGACUAAAACUCCCAUGAGCCCUGACCAUUGUCCAGGCUGGCUGGGCUUGAUGGGAGUUGGUGUCUAAUAGCAUAUGGAGGAAUGCAUGUUCCCAACCCUGAUACCGAGAUGCCAUUUAGCUAUCAUGGCUAAUAGUUAUUGAUAGACCUGUUCUUCUCCCACCAGAGGAAACAACCUACUUAUAGAAAGCUGCUAUACUGGGGGGAACUAGGCUUGGUACCCUUUUCACUAGCAUAUCGCUUCCUGUGUGCAUAGAGUGUGUUUUAAAAGUGGGAGGACCAUUCAACCCUCCACUAAAACGCCCUCUAAAGUAGAACAGUCUCUGGCUAUGUAGUCUAUAGUCCAGUUUUGUUCUGUGGUGAGCUAUAUGUCUAAAGAUCCUUUGACGUCUGUAGUGUAUGGUAAUGUGAAUGUGGAACUUGACUCUGAGUCCAAUUGAAUUCUAUCGGCAAUGUGGAUAAGAAAUCUUCCCUUAAUUUUGAUGCAUGUGUAAAACAGGAGCUUCUGUGUAAUUUAACAUUCUCUAUCUGUCUAUCAUUCCUGACAUUUUCAGCUAAUAACGGUCGUCAUUAAAAAUUUAGGCUACAACAGGUAUUCGCAUAUUGAGCUCAUGUCUCUGUCUGUUGUAUAGGUCCCAAUGUCAUCGAACCCUUUCAAGUGAAAUCUCAGUUGAAUAAUGGCUCCAAGGUAAGUCUUCUUAUACUGUUUAUAGAUUGUGCAUGCUUGUUCUGACACACAAAUAUUUCAGGGUGGGAUUCACCUAACAAACCCUGUCAGGGGAGCCCUUCACAAGGACUUAUGCUUGUGCAAUGGGGCUUUCCUCUCAUACUCCCACCUGAGCCCCAUGAAAUGGGCUCCGAGAGGGAGGUUGGGAGAACCCCCAGAACUGUGUGCAGUUGGAGGAGAGGGAGAGUCAUUUCACCUGGCAAGCUGGAACAAUAGGAAGAGUACAACAUUGAAUUCCACACGUAGCCUCAAGUAUUUGGUGUAUUCAACACAAUCCUUCCUAGGUCUGUGGGAGUUUGCCUUAGGACUUAUUCCAUCAGUUCUUGAGCUGGUCAUGUUACAUGGGGCAUUUUCAGGACCCUGUGGAGCGAAGCAGAACCUAGACUGCAGACCUUGUGGAGGGUGUGGGGUUCAAAGGUCAUCUGCAGGUAGCCAUACUGAACAGUCCAAUCUCAAUGAUAUCAACAGAGGGUAUGGAUGCUCCUCCGAGCUCCUGCCACAGUCGUGACAUACAGAAAAGAGAGGCAUGCAUUUGCCUAAGAACUGAUUGAUAGCACUUUUUCAUCGUGUCCUAGUUAUUUUUGCUGUGCCUUAUAAGAAUUCCUUCACUUUGCUUUGCUAUUCUAGAAAACACUAGGAACAAGAAGACAGUAUCUGCACCUUUCCUGCCACAAGCAUUUUAGCUGUGCUGCAUGUUGAUGAGGAAGGGCCAUGACUCAGUGGCAGAACACAUUCUAUGCAUGCAGAAGGUCCUAGAUUCAAUCCCAAAAAUAUUCGGUUAAAUUUCUGAUGUAGCAGUGCUUGUAAGAUUUCUGCCAGUCUUCUGGAGAACCCCUGGUAGAAUAGAUUGACCUGCAUCCAGUCCUUUACUCUGCUAAUGCGCUAAUUUAGAACACCCACUGCCUCGUCUGGAUUUGAUGAAAAGGAGAGAGAAAGCUGGGUGUAAUCCACAUAUUGAUUGCACCACAUCUCAGUCCACAUCUCCCAAUAACCCCUCACGGAGUUUCUUAUACUUAUGAAAUAGCAUGGAUGGUAAAAUGGAGCCCAGUGGAAUCUCAUAGUAUAACAACCUCACAGACAAAACUUGCUCACAAAACUUGGAGAAGCUAAUACAGUAAAAUGAAUGACUGUGGUUUAACUCUUGCUUCCAUUUUGUUCUAGAUAAGGCCAUUUAAUUUAAGUUCACCGCCGUUAUCUACUUAUAAUCAGCAGUUAUGGCUGACAUGUGUAGUGGAGUUGGACCAACGUUUUGGUAAGUGUUACUUAGCUUAUAUGAUUAUAUUAAUUAUGUAUAUAUCAACCAUAUACGGAAAUGUGUGUAUAUUGCCUGCCUGUACAAUGUAAGGUCACCAGGACAGAUAAAAGGAAGUAGUGCUUCACACAGUGCGUAGUUAAACAACGCAAUUUGUUACCACAAUGUACUAGCUUCAGUGAGCAGUUGUUAUUGAGGGUUGGAAUGUACUCUUGAUUCCGUUAUAGAAUCCAUUCAUUUUUUGUUGUUACUGCAUCUGUUAUCAUAUAUAUAUAUAUAUAUAUAUAUAUACUCUAGCCCAUAAAUUGUAGCAUCUGAAUGGACUUUUGUUUUUUCAGAUAACAAAUGGAAUGGCUUGAAAAAAAACUUCAAUAUGCUGGUUACAAUAAGUGGUGUAAUAGAGAAUGCAAGCGUCAGGUAUUUUAACAAGGAACUUCACAACCGAACAAGGACACUGAACUGUGCACAGGUAAUGGCAGUGUACCAUUUCUUACAGAUGAGCUAUUUCUGUGGUUUAAAAGCAUGAUAGAGAGGUGAGGCAAGGUGAGGAAGUAUCUCUGUUAGUGAAAUCCAUAAGCAAAAUAGCUAAUGUUUUUGACCCCACAUUCAAAAUGUUGCAUUUUGAGAAGCAGUCAUGGGCAAUAAUUCUGUUGGAGGUCCUGGAAAAUUGUUGCCAGACAGGAUUGACUAUAUUAUAUUAGGUGGAUGAAUUUUUUGAUUCUAGUUUCUUGUUAACAACAAAGUGAGGAAUUGCAGAGAGCAUGUUUUAGAAGUAUGAACCUCCAGAUCCUCUUUCUGGAAUCCACAAAUCAAAUCAAGGUUACAGCUGUUAACGAUCUGCUAAUCAACAGUUUCUGUGUUUGCUUUGUUAGUUUUCCUCGAAAUCCAGUGGUCACAAAGCAGCACUUCUACUGAAUGCAACUAGAGGUCCCAGAUGAGUCUUUAGUCUUUCUUUGCCUUAUGAGCUUAGGGCAGCUGUGCUGUUACAAACAGCAGAGAAGUCUAAGGGAGUAUCAUGCAAGAAGGCAGGGAUACCCUAACUGAAUUUCACCAUUAAAUCAAUUCUGAUAUGCUGACUCAUUUAUUGCAACCGUUGGCCCAACCCUAAAUGUCUCAAAAGCCUAGAAAGAAAAAAACCUGAUUGUAGUUGGUGUGUGUAUGGUGUUCUCACUGUUGAAUUUCUUUCCCUUUCCCUCCCAAUUUCCCCUCUUCCAAUGUGUGCUCCUAGCAAUGUGCUGAAUUUAUUGUGGUCCAUCUUGGUUAUCUGAACUACACUCGCUAUGAGAUCACUGUCGCCUUUGAAAACCUUCCUCCAAUCAAGCAUUACAAUUUCACAGUAAGUGAAGUAAAGGCAAACAUAGAAUGAAAGUGUACAGUGGUGCCUCGCAAGACGAAAUUAAUCCGUUCCGCGAGUGUCUUCGUCUAGCGGUUUUUUCGUCUUGCGAAGCAACCCUAUUAGCGGCUUAACGGAUUAGCGCUAUUAGCGGUUUAGCGGCUAUUAAAGGCUUAUCGGCUUAGCGGAUUAGCUGCUAUAAGGCUAUUAAAGGCUUAGCGUCUUAGAUAAAGGGGGGGGAAAGCGGAAAAAAAAUCUCAAGACUCGCAAGACAUUUUCGUCUUGCGAAGCAAGCCCACAGGGAAAUUCGUCCUGCGAAGCAACUCAAAAACGGAAAACCCUUUCGUCUAGCGGGUUUUCCGUCUUGCGAGGCAUUCGUCUUGCAGGGCACCACUGUAGUUUUAACUGUAAAUCUUUGCGUUGACUGUAAUAUUGAAGGGCACAUUAUUUCCCCUUGAAGUUUCAAUGGCUUAGACCCACAAGAAAUACUGGUUCCAGUGCUAAAUCCAGAACAUCACACUGAUAAAUAAAUGAGUAAUAAAAUACUGAAUAUAAACUAUUAUGACUGAUGCCAUCUACAUUCCUUUAGCUUUUUUGUUAAUAUUCUAAUUCCUUUCUUUCAGUGGAAAACCUAUAACUCAGCCUUCUCUCAAGUGGAAAUCUGGUUCCGAUUUGUCUUUGUGGUCCUUACUUUCAUCGUCACAGUGAGUGUCGAUUGUUCAGUUUUAUUUUUGUAUGAGAUACGGAUGUUGCUCUGGAAGGGAGAGUUCAUUGCUAGAGGGAUGGAAGGAUAAUGGCAAGAGACAUAGGUGGGAUACAAAAGAGGGAGUGCUACGGGAUAAGAAAAGUGAAGUGAAUACAAGGAGAAAUAUAAGACACUGAGGUCUUCUGGUAUGUGAUGCCUCCCCAACAUGGUUUGAGGUGGUUCCUGUUCACUGGGGUUUUGGGGCACUGUUGUUCUCCUGGGGCUGCAUCAGCCAACCUAUUCUCUGAAGUGCAAGAAAUCCUUGCGGAACUUGCUGCCUAAUGUAGCCCAUGUGCCGCAGCUUACAUUCUGCCGCCAUUCUUCCUUUUUUAUCUGAAGACAAACGGGUACUGCAUAAUCUUCACUGAUUUUUUUUUUUUAUGUUCCUUUGCAGUGUCUCUUUGCACACUCCCUGCGCAAGUUCUCUAUGCGAGAUUGGGGAAUAGAGCAGAAGUGGAUGUCAAUCCUUCUCCCCCUGCUGUUGCUUUAUAAUGGUAUUUAUAUGUAUUACAUCAUACUGUGUUUGGCUCCUGGGGCCAUGCUUUAUAAGGCAGAUUCUCCCCCGCCCUCCUCACAUAAGUGAGAUUGGGGAGGAAAGGAAAAAUAAAUAAGUACAAGCCCCUUUCUUUUGAAAUAAGCUUGGGGAAGAGCAGGAUCCAUGUGAUGUCCUCUUCUCAAAGAAGGACUUUUCACCCCUCUUCAGUUUUUGCCAAUUCCCUAUGGUGGUCCCCCCAAAAAAACCUCCAGCAGUUGAAUUUUGGGGGCACCGGAUACUGCAGGGGGCUGGCAAAAAUCACCCCCCUCUUCUGUUAGCAGAGGCAUCUGCUGGUUAAAAAAGCCUUUUGUGUGAGUACAAGUGUACCAGUUGGAUUGCACCCUGGGUCAGCAUGGGAGAAUUUCAGUUCUCACUGAUUCUAGCUUUCAAAAAUAACUAUUUAUCCUCCCUUUCCACAGUUAGGUGACCAAGGCAGCCAGCAAAGGGUGGGUUGGGAAAUUAUUAUAAAAAUAAAAUAAAAUACAAUGGUUUAGAAUGUAUAAAACAAGUGGCUGAACAACAGGAGCAGAUAAAAAAUCAGCAGCUGGCUUUCGCCAUCCACCAUCACAGAGUUGCAGGAAAGCAAUAUCAGUUUGGCAAGCUAAAAACCUGUUUGAAAAAGCCAAAACUCUUUCCCUGCUGGUUAGAGUCCAUAUGAGAGGGAGCUAGACAGGACUCCUUAGGAGAGGAUUUGCAUAGUCUGGGUGCAGCCACUGAGAAGGCUCUGUUGAGUCGCAACUCUGACACACAGUUAGGCUGCAAAAGAGUGUCCAAGUGCAGAGUGGAACAACAUUUUCCGUGGUUGUCUUGUGACGCUUUUUCUUUUGUUGCAGAUCCAUUUUUCCCCCUCUCAUUCCUAAUCAACAGUUGGUUUCCUGGAAUGCUAGAUGACCUCUUCCAGUCGCUGUUCUUAUGUGCAUUGCUGCUGUUUUGGCUCUGUGUCUACCAUGGGAUCAGAGUGCAGGUCAGGAGACGACACAUAUUUCAAUGCUAUCUACAUUCUGCCUUUCACACUUAUCUCUUGCUCUGUGCAUAUGUGUGUGCGCUUUACUGCUUUUUACUGGAUAAACACUCAUUAAGUCACCCAUUAAAACCUAUUCCAAAUAAACAGUUUUGGAAAAAUCUUAAACCAAAGGAAUACAUAACAUUAAUAAAUGGUCUCACUUGUCAAAGAGCAAGUUAAACUUACUUUAUUUGUAGCGUUUUUAAUCCUUCCCUUCCUCCGCUGAACUCAGAAAGCUGUAGUUCAGCCUCUCUCCCCCUCUCCCAGCCAAGUAGAUUAGAGAGAACCUACAAAUACCCUAUGAACUUUAUGAAUUAUUUCCCCCCCCUUGCAUGCAUCCUCUGUGUGAGUUUCUCAAAAUUAAACUAUUUGUUGCUGCUGUCCCUCAGAAAAAAAGUACAGCAAUAUUUCACAGUAUUGUAAAUUAACUGAUGUCUGAAAACCAAGUUUAAUAAUCUUAAUUUAUCCUUUUCUUUGUUAGGGCGAAAGGAGGUGCAUAACAUUCUAUUUUCCUAAACUCCUUAUUGUUGGUCUUUUGUGGCUGGCUUCUGUUACAUUAGGAAUAUGGCAGACGUGAGUAACUUCUCUCUUUUCAUCUUUCCUCUUUUCCCUUCUCUGAUCACUAAAUUCUCUGAUCACUAAAUAGCCUUGAACAAGAAAGCAGGAUUUUUUAAAAAUAGUUCCUAUGUUUUGCUUUUCCUCUAGUAAAAGCAAAGACUAAGUCCACCAUUUGGAGAGUGUAAAGCACAUGUUGAAACUGCAGUAAAUAUUGGGAGAUAGCUUUGUAUCCUGAGAUCUGACUAAAGUCUUCCUUAGCUGCAUAGAUUCAGUCUGUUAGCAUAUGAUCAGAAUAUGAAGUCUUCCUACUACAUAGAGGGAGCCCACUUUGCUCGUGGUUGAGGUACCCUCUGGAACAGAUUGAGGGAGUCCAGGAACCUUCAUGAUAAGGAAGAAUCACUGAAAAUUCUCUCCCUCCCCUAUUCCGCCGAGGAAUUAUUUUCUUCCAUGGGUAAGCACUGCAUUGGAUACUCAAGAAGUGGCAAACGUUAUUCAGCUCUGAGUAGUCAUAGGAUUUUUAAACAUUUUCCUAGUGCUAUGUGUAUGUGUAUUUGAAUGUGUUAGUUCCAGCUUUUUCAGUUCUGCAUAAAUAGGAAACAUAAUUACAAACUCAAAUUGGAAUCAAUUUUUUCUGGCUUUUUCUUGUAAACUGUUGGGAAGACUAAUAGAGAGAGUCUAAAUCUGUAUCUUAUUAAGAUGAGGGGAAAGAAAUGGUCAAAUUUUUUAACAUGUUAGUUUCUAUGGACUUAUUUUUAGUUUUAUGAUGCAUACAAAUUCUUACAUUAAAUGGUCUUGUGUUGUUGUUUUUUAGUGUCAAUGAACUACAUGACCCAACAUACCAGUAUGGGAUUGACACAAACAACUUUCAGGUAAAUUAGUGUGAACAAUCCUUUCUGUUUAUAUAAGAAAUGCUGUGUGGAUUAUCAGAUUUUGAAAAACGCUGAGCUAUUUUGAUCCGUCUGUCCAGCUGAUGUCCUAUGCUGACACAACUGCAAAACAAUAGGUAACAGGCUGUCACUUAAAUAUUGGUUGUAGCUUUGCUUACAUUUAGUUUCUAGGGACUACUUUUGUGAUCCCUGGAAGAACCUUCAGAAAAAGAAUGGUGAGAACCCACUUAAAUUCAGGGUUAGAAACUUGAAAUUGUUACGUGUAAGACUCCUCUGAUCACAACAAAAGCCUACCAGCUUUGCAAAAAACCAUCUCACACAGAUUCUUGUAAUUAGGAGAAUCUCACAUGUAACAAAAUCAAGUUUCUAAAGGGCUGUCACAUGGAAGAUGGAGCAAGCUUGUUCUCUCCCACUCCAGAGUAUAAGACCUGAACCAAUAGAUUCAAGUUACAAAAAAGGAGAUUCUGACUAAACAUCAGGAAUAAUUUUUUGAGCUGCUUCGCACUGGAACAGACUCCUUCUAAAUAUGAUGGACUCUCCUUCCUUUGAGGUUUUUAAGUAGAGGUGGAUAGCCGUCUUCCAGGGAUGCUUUAGUUGAUAUUCCUGCAUUGCAGGCGUUGAAGUCCCUUCCAACUUCCCUUCUACAAUUCUACGGUUCUAUUAUUCUAAUUUUGUUGAAAGACUUUUGUUGCCCACUUUUGUAAACUAUAACUCUUUGUUGGUCAUCAGUUAUAUCUUUCAUUUAGAUUCUUAGAAGUCCAGUUGCUGUUUCUAAGAUCACGUGAGGAUGUCUUAAUACAACACAAUAAAUAUUGGGAGAUAAUUGUAUUAAGAGAAAAUGAAACAGAACAGGAAAAAUGAAGUGACUUAUAAAGUCACUGUUCUCAGCUUCUUUUAAAAACAUGUGACCACCUGUGCAUCAGGUAUGCAAAUCAGGGGAAACACAUAGAGAAACAGGAUUGAUAGCACAACAUACCUAUGUUUAGCCUGACCAGCAUUUUGGAAAUCAUGUAAAACUGUUCUUAUCCGAGAAGCAUAUAGUGACUGGGAUUACGUUUAGCCAUGGUUAUUCAAAUGUAAAGGCUUUCAUCUAAAGGCACUUUUGCCCGAGUGAAAGGCUGGAUAUGCACCUUUGACACUGGAGACAUAUAUUUUAGGGCCCAUCCCAUUCUCAUAGCUGUAAUUUGUUUUAACUGUCUUUGAUAUUGUAUUUUUACGUUCUUGUAAGCUGCCCUUGGACCUCAUCAUGAAGGAUAGGAAAGAAAUGUUGUUGUCAUUAUCGUCAUCAGAAUAAUAUUUUUAAAACUUUUGUAUAUAUUUUUGUAACAGGGUAUGAAAAUCUUCUUCCUUGUGGUGGCAGCUGUGUACAUUUUGUACCUUUUGUUCCUGAUAAUCAGGGCAUGCUCAGAACUCCGUAACAUGCCCUAUGUCGGUAAGCUCUGUUCUGUGCCAGUCAUGGUUGCUGCGUGGCAAUGUUCUUCCAGCGAGAUAUUUGUGUUCACUUUCAGAUAACCAUUUUUCUUCUCCUUUCCUCAGAUCUCAGGCUAAAAUUCUUGACCGCAUUGACAUUUGUAGUUCUCGUCAUUAGGUAAGAUACUAAUUCUUUUCUGAAAGGUGCUAGAUACAGAAAUCAUUCUGCUGAGGUGCAGAUUAACAUCCUUCACAUUUCUGAUAAAGCACGUACAGUCAAACCUCGGAUCUCUGUUUUGGAACAUUUUGGCUCCCGAAAGACAAAAACCCAGAAGUCAAUGCUCUGGUUUUCAAGUGUACAGUGGUAUCUCGGGUUAAGAACUUAAUUCGUUCUGGAAGUCUGUUCUUAACCUGAAACUGUUCUUAACCUGAGGUAACACUUUAGCUUAUGGGGCCUCCUGCUGCCGCCGUGCCACCGCUGCGUGAUUUCUGUUCUCAGCCUGAAGCAAAGUUAUUAACCCGAGGUACUAUUUCUGGGUUAGUGGAGUCUGUAACCUGAAACAUCUGUAACCUGAGGUACCACUGUAUUUCGGAAGCCGAAUGCCCAACGCAGCUUCCGCUUGAGUGCAGGAAGCUCCUGCAACCAGUCAGAAGCCAUGCCUAGGUUGUAAAACAUUUCAGAAACCGAAUGGGCUUCCAGAACGGAUUACGUUUGACAACCGAGGUUUGACUAUAUUAGAUGCCGAUACAUUAUGCUUGUCAUAUAUACAUGUAAUAUUUUUUGGUUUUUACAAACCACUUAGACUGUUUUGGUAUUGUGGUAUAUAAAUAUAUGAAAUAAUAACUUCCAUUGGCACAAUUACCACAUCCUUCCCACAACUCCAUCCCCUCCCAUGCACUCAUUUUUUGAGAAUCUGGAUGUUCCUGUGCGUUGACAGUAGAUUUAAUUAGGAAGGCUAACAUUUACCCUAAGGGACGCGGGUGGCGCUGUGGUCUAAACCACUGAGCCUAGGGUUUGUCGGCAGUUCGAAUCCCCGUGACUGGGUGAGCUCCUCUUGUUCAGUCCCUGCUCCUGCCAAUCUAGCAGUUGGAAAGCACACCAAAAAGUGCAAGUAGAUAAAUAGGUACCGCUCUGGCGGGAAGGUAAACGGCGUUUCCGUGUGCUGCUCUGGUUUCAGCAGAAGUGGCUUAGUCAUGCUGGCCACAUGACCCGGAAAAAUUGUCUGCGGACAAACUUCGGCUCCCUCGGCCAGUAAAGCGAGAUGAGCGCCGCAACCCCAGAGUUGUUCGUGACUGGACUUAACUGUCAGGGGUUUUUUACCUUUACCUUUUAACAUUUGCCCCAGCACUAAUUUAAUGUUUCAUUUAACUCUGGUUAGAAAGUAAUUACAAAAUGUUGAGUGGCUUUUUGGUUUCUUCUCCCUUAACUGCAGCAUCGUUAUACUUUAUCUGCGUUUUGGAGCCCAGGUUCUGCAAGACAACUUUGUGGCUGAACUGUCGACCCAUUAUCAUAAUUAUAUCCUUUUCUUGUGACAUCGUGGUACUGAGAUGUUUCAGUCAAGCUGUCUAUGUCAGGCUGUUUGAGGGAUUAGCAUACUGUAGUUCCCUAUAUAAUGAAGGCCAUCAAAGCGUAGGCAAGGCAAGCACGGCUGCGCAGGGUGUUGCAAAGCAAUGGCACUUCCACAGAAAAGCCCCUCUCCUGCAUCCCAAGCAAACAUAGCUCAAAUGUUGGUGGCAUGUGAAGGAGAGCCUCUCUAUGUGAUCUUAGUAGACAGGCUGGCUUUUAGCUUUUUGUAUGUUGGGGCAGCUUUGAACAUUAGCACUGCUUUCGUCUGUGACACUACCUAUAGGUGAGGCAGCUGUAAAGCAGAUUUGAUUUUUAAAUCUGGAGAUAACUUUUUCCUAGAUGUUUUGCUAGGGUUUUGACGCUGUCCAGGUUAGCUGCCUACAUAUAUGUGGAGAAUGACAUUUGUAUGCUGCGAAGUGUGCAUCUUGAAUUGUUUUGCUUGAUAUCCUUGACUGUUACCACCUGCAGAAUUCUUAUCGUUCUACGGCUUAUUGAACUUCUAUUUAUACACAUUAGCCUUUGUAUAUUCACCAUCAAAAAAUGCCCUGUAUGGUAAGUUGGCCUCAGUUCGGCUUUUGCUUUCCCCCCUCUUUUCCUUCCAUAUUCUAUUCAAUUGCAAAGAGGUUGCAUGUCAUACUAUUGUGUAAAAUAUUCAGGUAUUAUCUCUAUUUGGAUUUAAGUCCUAGAGCAGGCAUAAGAAACUUGUGGCUUUCCACAUGUUGUCUUCAAGCUCCUAUCUGUCACCACUCACUAUGCUGGUAGAGUCUUGCUUCCCUCCAUGGUGCUCCAUAAGAAGACAUAUUCCCCUCCUCCCCAAAAUGCUAGGCUUGUGGUCUCUCUUGAAAGACUCAUCUUGACUAUCGAAAGCUUUCUGAAAGUUCAAAUAAGCUGAACUGAAAAGGUCCUAUAAUGGAGAGAUAUCUUGUUAAGUGAACUUUUCCUUUGCAAAACCUUUCAGAGUCUCAGCUGAAAGAUAAUCCUGCCUUCUCUAUGCUGAACGACUCAGAUGAUGAUGUGAUCUAUGGGUAAGUAGCGUAAGGCUUACAGUAGUAGUAUUAAUUUAAUAUUUUUUCUCAUAUUCUACAAAAUAUAAGCCAUGGAGGUUUCCUUUUAAAAAGGACUGCCCUGUCCCUGGUGAUAGUUGUAUAUUGGAAGCAAAUGAUGAAGAAUCUAGUACUUGUGGUAGGAAUAGUAUGAGGUCAAACAUUUUUAAAAAGCUUCCAUUAGUUCCCUCAUGGAACUUAAGUGGCAUAUGUGGUCCCUUGCCCCAUUUAUCCUCACGGCAACUUACCAAGGUAGGUUGGCCUGAGAGAGAGUGAAAGGCCAGUAGAUCUCUUGUGAGCUUCAUCGCUGAGCAGUGAUUUGAACUCGCUCCCGCAGGAGGCAGAGAUGGCCACCAACCUGCAUGACUUUAAAAGAGGAUGAGACAAAUUCAUGGAGAGGGCUAUUGAUGGCUAUACUCUGUCUCCACAGUUGGAGGCAGUAAUGCUUCUGGAUACCAGUGACUGGAAACCAUGCAAGGAGAGAGUGUUCUUGUGCUUGAAUCCUGCUUGCUGGUUUCCCUCAGGCAUCUGGUUGUCCCCUGUGAGAAGAGGAUGCUUUCAUUGGCAUCCUGAUGGGUCAUUGACCUGGUCCAGCAGGCUCUUCUUCUGUUCUGGUCCCAGUGUGCUCACUUGCUCACAUAUGACCUAACAUCUCUCUAUAGCCUCUGUGACCGCAGAGUUUUAUAGUCACAGAAUUGGUUAUAAGAUGAGAGGGCUCCGUUCUAGGGAGCGAGGUCUGAAUUUGUGAGAUAAGCCACGUGAGUGAAAUGUGUGUAUGGCAGGGAAAGCAAGUGCUUAUCCCCCACGGAGUUUUGCUUUUCUUUUCUGAGAAAAGCAUGUGUCCCUGCUUGUUUCCUCAUCUUUUGGUCCUGUCUCAAAUUCAGCAGCAAGCAAGACAAGUGUACACUUCCAACUGAGCCAUCAGUGUUACAUUGAGGAUGCCUUAAAAAUUAGUGAAUUGCUUUGAACACUAAAAUUAAAGCAAGCUCCCUAUACCAACCUUCCAAUAUGGUCAUAUUUUGAAGCCGUACUCUUUAGAUAUAUUGGAAGGAAGCUAAAGAAUACUGCUUUCAUUCCUACCUGAAGAGGGUUCAUGUUUGAAAGAAUAACAAAUCUUUUGAGAUCAUACUAAUUUCGUCUACUUGCCCAGAAUAAGUGUUGUUUUAUGCUAUUUAUGUCUUAAGAUGUUCUUGAAUAUCUCUUUUUUGGGGGGACAGGAGUGAUUAUGAAGAAAUGCCACUUCAGAACGGUCAAGCCAUCAGAGCCAAAUUCAAGGAAGAAUCGGACAGCGAUUAAGUUUUCAUAGAAGUGACCUGCUCUAUGAGAACAAAAGCAAUUUUGACACUCUUCCCCCCACCCACUUAAAAAUCUUUUUCCCGAGUCUACUGUUAACUGUUCAUAGACUUCUGUGGAAGGAUUUCCUGUUUCUCCCUUUCUGUUUACAAACCUAAAACUGAAGUGGGAGAGGGGGGAGAAUAUAAUUUUUAGGGAAGAGUUAUUUUGUAAACUCAAAGUGUACCCCCCCCUUUUUAGAAAACAGUUGUGAUGGGAUGCUGCCAGACCAGAUUGUUUGGGGAGCUUGUUGUGCACUGUCACAGCUAAUACUUUGAUUUCCUCAUAGUUUCAUAACUAUUUACUUGGAAUGUAAUAUUGAGAUGCUUAUUUUUUACUCCAAAAUAAUUUUAUUUUGACAUUUGCAAACCGUGUUUGCAGAGAAGGGGAGAGAGGAAAUGCCCCAGCUCCCAACGACAUUCAACCCCAAACCUACUCUGACUGGAAUCUGCUUGGCACUUCCAACACCUUGAGAAACCUCAGUUUCUGUUCUCCUAUUUCAGGGGUUGAAAGGUGGUGGGUAGGAAUUGCAAUUGUGAUUCAGCGCUGUAUGUGACUUGAAUUAAAUGAAGGAGUUUUUUUCAGUUAUCUGAUUUUGUGAUUGCGAUUAAGCACACCAGUUCAGCUUCUUCUGAGACCGACAUAAUUCUAUAUAAUUGUAUUGGAAGAGCAAAAUAAUUUGAGAAAUAAGGUGUUCUAAGGCUGUUUUAUCUUAAAACAACAGUCACAUUCGGUGAAAAGCACAGCCUUGCACCUGAGCGUCUUCUUCCUGUGUAAAUGAUGACUGAAUGCUGCUUGCUGCUGUUAAUUAAGAGGGAACAAUAUAUAAUUUUAACACACAUUCCCUUAAAUUCUGUAAAUGUUUUCCCCCUCCCCCCAAAUAAGGGUGUUUGGUAUUUCAUAACCAGUAGUAUAGAAACGCAAACACAUUAUGUGUUGGAUGUGAACCUAGGUGGGCUCUUGGAGAUAUUUGGGUAGGAAAUUCUCUUCAUUUAACUGAGCACGAUCCAAAAUGGUGGUUGAUCCAUUUUGUUGAACCAACUGUAUAAACCAGCAAGGUAAAUUGGAGCCUUCAAAUUGCAGAGAAGUCUUCAGAUUUCAGAGUUCUGCAAUAAUUGUUGGAACGUGACGGUAUGUUAUGACCAUGUGGAGGCCACUUGAACAGCCUUUGUACGAUGCCUGCCACAUAUGCAGAAGACAAUGGCUAACAUGGAAUGAAUCAUCCUCAUUGCAUGCAUACAAUGGGACCAAGCCACUAUACACAUUGUAGCAAUGGCGUGGUGAAGCCUCCAUGUUGUGGUUGUGAUGUGUGUACUUGACUGUAGUUGGUUCAAUGAAAGGUAUGAUCUGAGCCAUUUUGUGUUCUGUUUUACGAUAGGCAUUUCUUUUAGCUCAUCUUCAGACACACCUAAAAUGGCAGCUUUCGUGUGUUCCAUUCUUACCCAUGCUGGAAAUGUGCACUACUGAAGUUGAUACAGUUUAGCAGAAUGGUGCUUCCAAUCACACUUUGUUGAGAAAUGCCUCUUUACUCUCCCACCCUGGUAGUUUUGGUUCUGAAUGGAUUUAUUAAAAUAGUAUGAUGGGAAAAUCGUGGGUAGCCCUCCUACCUCACAGAAGCUGUCAGUAUUUUCAUGUGCUUUUUCAAGCCCAUGUUCCUGCCUAUAAAUAACUCCAGUAGGUUCCUUUUGCAGAAACACUUUGUUAUAUCACUGACCAAAACAAAAAUGACCAAUAUGCAAGGACUGAAGACCUUUUUUGAGUUGAAUGUAAAAGUUCAGUGCAUUUCUGCUGGUCACACUUGAAUUGCUAUUUGCAUCUCUUGCUUGGCAAACCUUGUCCUAACAUAAUUCAAGCUGCAGAAACAGUCUACAGGUAACUUGCAUCUUAUGCAGGGGUCGCGUUCCUGGCCAUCGCGGGGAUAAGCAAAAUUGUGUAAAGCCCCAAAAGACCCCUAGCAAGCCAUUCAACAACCAUUUUUAAAAUCACUGCACUUAACUGGUGAGGGACGAAUGCGGCUCUUCGUCUUCUGCAUCCUUUCCCUUGCUGGAUGUUGCUGCAGAUGAUACGAAGACCCUGGGGAGUUGACUGGUAGCCAGAAGAAGUGCUUGGCUGUGGUUCAGAUCCAGAGGUGGGUUGCCUGGGCACAUCUGCUGUUGCUAGUUUCUUUGUGAGGAACACAGUGAUUGAUAGGUGCUGCUGUUGUCUCUUGGGCUCAUCAAACAUUUCCUUGCAUGGUCUCAGAAUGUCUGUAUUCCCACAGAUGAUCUUGAGGAUGCAUUCCAUGGAGGGGUCAGAUCAUAUGCGCAGAAAAGUUGAGAAAAUUUCUGCAGGCUCCAACUUGCUGGCCCAUGCUCUCCAUCCUCAUCCUCGCAUACUGAACUUGAGCUGACCAAUUCCUUUAGCAAUUCAGCAGUCAAUACCUGUUUGACCCUCAGUUAGCUCUGCAGUCUGAAGUUUCUCCACACCCUUUAGUUGUCUCUCCAAACCCCUCCACCUCUGAUCACCCUCUGCAACCACCCCUUCUAUGCUGAAACACUCUUACGAAGGCUGCUGGCUCUUUCUCCUUGCUCUCAUGCCCCCUCUUUCCCCCUUGCAUACCAUUUUCUUAUUUUUCCCCUGUGCAUGCCAUUUUUGCACCACUUUUGGGCAACGUGCAUAAUGCUGAGAGUGUGACUGUUAAAUAAGUGUCAGAUGCGAGUUACCUGUAGUUACCUGUUCAUUCUGCUGUUACCGUUUUCUAGGAAAAUAGGCUGGGAUAAUAAGAACCUUGUGCAUUAGUGGAAAGGACUUUCCUCUGUGGGUAUAUGAGAGAGUUGAUGUGUGUGUGUGAGGGGGGGACUUUCUCAGUAUUGGCUCUUCAGUAUGUGCAAGGAGUUACUCUGGGAAAGGGUUAGUACUUGCAAAAAAACACAGCGCUUUGAAUCCUGGCCAUAGACAAGUAUAUGGUGAUUGAUACCUCAAGGCUACGAAUAAACUGACCCAGUUUGCACAUCAUACUGAGCCAAACCAUGGCUUAGUGCAUACAUACAAUCUCCUGAGGAGAGCUUUGCUACCCCCAUCAUUUUGCUGCUGCGGCUGAACUAAGCCAUGGUUUGCCUUACUUCAUAUUCUGAACCAUGACCUCUGGGUUGAACAACACGAUAAGGCAAACCAUGGCUUAGCUCAGCAGCAAAAUGAGCAGUGACAAGCAAAGCAGCUGUGAUCCCCAUUCUGGGAGCUUGUUGGUCCUAAACCACAGUUUGGCUUAGUGUGACAUGUGAAUUUACGGCACUGUGAAGGAUUUGUUCGGCUAUUUUUGCAAGUAAAUAUCUACACUGAUAAUAAAGCUAUGAAAGAGUGUCAUGCACUUUGCAUAUCAAAAGUACAAGACAUAAUAUUAGUAUAAUCAUCUAAAUGUAAUAGUUUGCUUUGGUAGGUUUCUGAUAAACCAUUUCAGAUGUUUUGUUCUGUGGCAAUCAGCAAGUUAGAGUGCUAAUAUGUAUUUAGUAAAAUGUUGUUGUUUUUAACAGCAAAUUAAAACCAAGGCAUGGAGUAUAUUCUAUGGAUAAUAUCCAAUGUUAGUCAUACUCAGAAUAGACCCAUUUGAAUCAAUGGAUUUCAGUAACUUGUUCAUUGAUUUCAGUGGAUCUGAGUAUGACUUCGCCUAAAAUACAUUGUAAAACUUGGGAAACUAGAUGUGUAUUUUUCCUAAUAUUUUAUAUUGCUUGAUAUUGACCCCUAGUAAUCAUGUGGAAAAAUUGUACUACUUGUCUUUUGAUGUAUAUAUUCUUUUAAAUUAUUGUUGGUUUCUCUUCUACAUUUUAAAUACCUAGGGUGAUAUUCAAUUAAUGAGUCCUGUCAGCCCUGUGUGAGGACUUCUGCUUGCAGAACAGUAUUCAGGGGGACAAGGGGGGGGGCGGUCAUUACAAAGUCUGAAUGCUUGCCCUCACAGAGUGAUCACUCAGUUUUACUUAAGCUCCCAAGUUACCUUUUCCCUUAAUUCUGGAGAAAAUAAAUGAAUUCCUGAGUUAAUUUCUUAAUUAAAUGUCCUUGAAGUUCAUUGAACUUUAGGAAUUGAAGGCUACUAUUGCAUUUGUCUCCACUAAUCUCACUCAUCUGACAAGUCCCAGGAACAAGCAUUCAGCUGUGUUUCCCAUUACAAUUUUUAGUGCCAUUUGUUCUUUUGUCACAUCGCAACUUGUUUAAAAUGCUCAGUGUUAAACACUCAGAACACUUAAAGUUGUCAUAUUGCAAACUGGGGAAAACACAAGGUAGUAGUAGAGAUUAUUUUCAGGUUUAUUAAUUGGAAUUCUUUUGCACAGAUAUGAUAAUUGAGCACGGUAUGUUGUAUUUUUAUUUUUUGCUAAGGGGUUCCCUAUGAAUAGGAGAGUCGCUGGGAAAGCUGUUGUUUUCCUUUUAGCAGGGCUUCAUAGACUCUGUUCCAUGGACCACAAGCUUCAUUCAGGUAGUUUGCAGUGAAUCUGUAAAAAUGCAGUUUAAAAGCAUCCAGCAAUGUAGUACUGCACCUUACAAUUGCUACAAGCAGAAAAACCAUUUAGAGGUCUGCCAAAAACCUCAGCAAUUUUCAAGUGAUCCAUGGGGGGAAACAUUUGGGAAUCACUGCCCUGCAGCCGGAUGAGGAAGCUGUUAGUGAAAGUGCCUUUGGAUAUGGUGUUUAGUUGGCUUCCACAAGGAUCAGUUGCCAAGCAAUUUUGCUUCAGCUGGGCUUUUGAGUGAGCAUGACCUAGAUCCCCUCAUCAAAUAAAAUAAUAAAGUAAUUCUGCUACAGUGGGAGAACAUCGCCUACUACAAAGCAUAUUUUGUUUCAUUGUGGGUUUUCUUUUUUUAAAAAAAUGUGUCCCAUCUUUUUUGUUGGCAGAAGUUGCUGCUUUUGAAAUGGCUUCUGUAGUGUGUGUAAAAAGGCUUGCUGAUGCCCACUGUUGGUGAAAAACAUCUCUAAAGAAAAUAUGAGCAUUGCCCUCCGUGCCCCACAUAUGGUGUAGCCUCCCCAAAAGUGCUUGUAGUUUUCGCCUACUUUGUCUUUGCCCUUGUUUAACAUGGAUCACUUUUGCCUUAGCAGUUGUGAUUGUCAGUUGCAGCGCUGUUUAGGUAAAUACGCAGUUUGUACACACUGGCUUUUAUGGUUAAAAUUUCGAUGUGCCAGUAAAGCUAGGAGGCAGUAAUGUAACUAGGACUGUGUUCAACGUUCAGACAAGCUAUAAUCUUGUGUUUUGUCUGCUGCAAACUUCAGUUUCCGCCUUCAGGGAAAGUAGCCUGUAGUGUUCUCAAAUUUUUAAAUAGAAACUAGUGAUUUUGGUGGUGGGAUUCCCUGCUGCUGCUUUAGCAUCUUUCCACACACCCACCACUUCUUUCUUCCACUUCCACAUAAGUGAUCAUCUACCAGCCAGAGAUAGUGAAGGAGGAAGAUGCUAUAUUGUCUUGUAGCCAAUCAGAUGUGGCUGUGUUAUAAUAUUGCUGAGGUUGAGGGGCGGCAAGUUUAAAUAAGCAAAGAUUUCUACAGAUUACACACAAAAAAGCACUGACCAAAGGGUCACGGAAAACAAUUUUUUUCUGAGUAAUCUUGGCUCAGCCAGAAGUGUAAACCCAGUAGAAUCAUGCCAAAGAACAAGAAAUCUGUGUUUAUAUAAAGGUACAUUGAAAGAAGUUUGUUUAGCAAGAAAUUUGCAGCCUGAUCCUGUGCGUGCUUACUCAGAAGCAAGUCCAAGUUGGUUCGAUCAGACUUACUCCCACAUGAGGUACAAAGCCUUACUUACAAUGAGAGUUACUUCUAAACAGUGCCCAAGGCCAUUACUGCAUUUAAAUGAUGUAGUCACAUCUGUUGCAUUUUUAGCCAUAUGUUCCAAUUGUGCCAGUAAUUGAUAUGAAAAGCUCCUUAUGCUACUGUACAACUGAACUCAACAUUUGUAAAUAGAUGUAAAAUGAAAUAAACCUCUAGAAAAUAUUUUCUACCAAAACAUGGCUAGAACCUUUUCAUAGUAUAUGUUUACGUUAAUGAAAAGUUGUAACUAUAAUUUUGCUUUUGGAAGGGUAUGCAUGGGGUACCUCAAUGUGUCAUCUUCAUGCUUCAGGGUAGAUGCUAUUUGUUAUUAUGAGGCACUAGCAACAUUGGUGAUAACUUUCCCUGAGCAGGAAUUUAAGAGUCAGUUUACUUUCAGUAAAAUACUGGGCGCAGAGAUGCUUUGGAGACUGUGCAUAGUAAAAUUACGUUCCAAUCCAAUGCAUUCACAAUAAAGUUUUAUAUAGAACCUUUGUGCCUAUCUCAGUAUUGUUCCUCCCCAUACACAAUAAAUGGUGGCAUGUUUAUUUCCAUGUGUGCAUAUGGAAAUUCAUUUGGUGGCAUGUAAUAGAUAAGCUAAAACUGCUCUGGCU